CAGAAUUGGUCCAGAGGUAGUGAAGCUGAGUAAACGCCAUGAGUGCCGGUAGCGUCGAGACGCUUAUAUUGUUUACAUUUAUAAUCGGUACAUCGGCAAGUGGGGAUAAGAUACCCUUGGGCGCAAUUUUUGAACAAGGAACAGAUGAGGUUCAAACUGCAUUCAAAUUUGCCAUGCUGACGCACAACCAAAAUGUAACGGGGCGUCGUUUUGAACUCCAGGCCUACGUUGACGUUAUUAACACCGCCGACGCCUUCAAGCUUUCCAGACUCAUUUGCAGCCAAUUUCAACGUGGCGUAUUUUCAAUGCUGGGAGCCGUUUCGCCAGAUUCCUUCGACACUCUACACUCGUAUAGUAACACCUUUCAAAUGCCAUUCGUGACCCCAUGGUUUCCCGAGAAGGUUCUGGCACCGUCGUCUGGAUUUCUAGAUUAUGCGAUUUCGAUGCGACCGGAGUACCAUCAGGCUAUAAUAGAUACCGUACGAUACUACGGUUGGCGCAGUAUAAUUUAUCUUUACGACUCAAACGACGGAUUGCUGCGACUGCAGCAAAUAUAUCAGGGUUUAAUUCCUGGUAACGAAGCGUUUAGAGUUACGACAGUGCGAAGAAUAAAUAACGUAACGGAGGCUUUACAGUUCCUAAGGGGGUUGGAGGAACAAUCACGCUGGGAUCCUAAACACGUAGUCUUAGAUUGCACAGCCGAUACGGCCAAGGAAAUUGUUGUCAGCCAUGUCCGAGAUAUUACCCUCGGCAAACGAACCUAUCAUUACCUACUCUCGGGUUUGAUAAUGGACGACCGUUGGGAAAGCGAAGUAAUAGAAUACGGCGCAAUUAAUAUAACCGGUUUCCGAAUAGUCGACACCACAAAAAAGUAUGUAAAGGACUUCCUCGAGGGAUGGAAGCGCCUCGAUCCGAUCUCCUCUCAGGGCGCCGGAAGGGAGAGCAUUUCCGCACAGGCGGCCCUCAUGUACGAUGCGGUAUUCGUACUAGUUGAAGCUUUUAAUAAGUUAUUACGGAAAAAACCGGACAGAAGGGGCCAGAUCGUUAAUAACGGCAGUAAAGGGCUCGAUUGCAACGCGUCGAGCGGAUGGGUUACACCAUGGGAGCACGGCGAUAAGAUCUCGAGAUUUUUAAGAAAGGUCAGUAAAAUCAAUUCUCCCACGGUUUAA